AUGAAAAUUCGACUUGAAGGGCUUCAUAUAUGGUGUCAAACUUGUUGGGCUUCCUUAUAUUUUAUUACUGAUUCUAUAUUACGUGCUAGACCUGUAUUUAAUUGGAUAUUAAUAGAGUAUCGGAAUGUCAUUACUAAUGCUGAAGUUCUUAUAUUAUUGACUGACGAAGAAUAUCGAAUAUACAUAAAUAACAAUUUAAAAAAAAUUCAAAUUUCAGGAUUUGGGCUUAAAAACAGAGGCUUUAGAGAAGCAGCUCUUACUGCUACCUCGCUUUGGCAGAGUCUUAACCAUACUGAGCAAGAAACAGUUGCUGAGGUAAUAACUUUGGAAGAAGAUUUGUCUAAUCUGGAAGAAGUCUCUGAAAACAUUGAAAAUAUGCAAGAUUCAUUACUUAUUGACGAGAUUGUUAAUUUGUCUCAAUAUGACAUUGAAAAUGAAAUAAUUAGCACCGGAUAUGAUGCUGGAAAUAUGGAAUAUUCACCUGAGCAAUUGGUGGAUGAAUUUUUAGCUAAAGAAUCGGUUUUGGUUGAAAAUUAUUUAAAUUAUUUUUAA